UAAACUAUAAACACAAAGCAGCAAAUAUAUACAUGACAAAGACUCUAACUAUGGCGGAUAUAAUUGGUUCUGAGGACAGGGAGAAGUCCUUAUAUUGCAUACAAAUAAGAUAUCUGGAUGAGCAGUUGGAGAGACGUCAGCUUGAGUGUGACGAGCUAACGAAACAGAACAAGAACCUGGCCUCUCUGUACAUCGCGCUGGAGAUCGACCACAAAGACAUCAACGUGUAUCUGAAAAGCUGCGUGGUUGCAAAAGAGAAGGAGGUGGACGAGCUGGCUGAGCGGCUGCAGAGUCAGCAGCAGGCUGCAGAACAGGACAGAGAGACCCUGCAGCUGCAGCACAGCCAGCAGCUGCAGGAGAAGAUCCAUGAAUUGAGCUCAGAGAACAGCAUGCUGGCGAUUGAGGAAACAAAACAGCAUCAGGAGCCGGAGGAGCAGCUGGUGCAGUUGAUGCAGCAGCAGUCAGAAAUGGAGUCUCUGAAGAAGCAGCUGGUCAGUCAGAGAGAAGAGCAUAAAGCUGCCAUCGACAGCCUGAAGACUGAAGCGGAGUCCAGGAGGCAAAAGAUGUCCGAGGAGAUGCAGAGCAGAGCGGACAAUUACAUUGAGGCGGAGACCUCGAAUAUUAUCCAGGAGAGGGCUGAGCACAGCGAGGUUCGGGAGAAGGUGCAGGUCCUUCUGAACAAGAACAUGGUUCUGCGGAAUGAGAAGAGAGACCUGCGAGACCAAAAUGAAGUUCUUUGCCUUAUGGACAACAGGAAGAAGAAAAUCAACAUGGUCACGCAGAAGAUACUCAAAAGCAAGAAGGAGGUGGAGCAGCUGACGAAGAAGUGCCAGCAGGUGAAGGUAAAGCACGGUAGCACCACCUACAAGAGCUUGCUGGCUGAGAAAGAGGCUCUCAGACAGCGCCUGGUCUCAGCAUCCGAAGAGUGUCAUCAGAAAACAGCCGAGGCAGAUUCACUGAGGGUGGAGCUCCAGAGGGAGAGCAGCAGGAGGAGGCAGCUGGAGGGCAUCAUGCAGGAAGCAGUCAGCAUCCUCAGCCACAUCCUGACGGUCCCGGAGAAGACUGAGCGUCAGAGGCUGCUGGAGCUCCUGCAGAGCGCCGCUCCCCGAGGAGCAGGCUCCACUCCUGAGGAGAGCAGCCCCGGACCGAGACCACAGACCUCCGCCCUCGAACCAGUCAGAGCUCAGACCCUGAAGCUCUCCACAGAUCCUUUGUUCCUGAUGGCCCGCUACCGCCGGGGCGACCUGGGCCUCGUACCCCGACCCAUGUGGAAACACCAACCAGUCAGUUCCAGGACCAGAGUCCACCCAGAGGCCUCUCAGCAGGAAACUCUGCAGUCAGAAGACAUUGCGCUCUGA